AUGUAUCAAGUUGAUUUUGUUACUCAGCCACUUUCGGAGUUACCAUGUGCAGAGAGCGAUUCCGAUCAAAGCGAAGACAGUGACGCCGAAUUCCUCGUACAUCCAAUACUUCGGAGCCUUAUCAAAUCUAAGUCUGCCUACACAAUGCCAAAAGAGACGCCUCGACUGAAAACCAGUAAAACAGCAUUCGAGAUAAAUCUAUCAAAAAUGUGGGAAUCAACAGUCGAUGAUGAGGCCCCGGUGGCGAACUUCACACCUGAUCUCGAUCAAAAAUGGCCAGAACCCGAUGCACCAUCACCGCCUGUCAAACUUUACUUCCCCCCUUAUAUAAUUCCGCGCUCACCACUACGGCCAAGAAAUUCUUGCUGCUCAGCUCCAUUUAACGUUCACACGUAUCGUUCUGCGUCAAAUUCGCCCAUAGAACAAAUAUCAAGUUGGUCUGCUCCCGAAUACUUGAACGACAGUGAGAGUGAUUAUGAUGAUGAUCCCGAAGAGGAGCACGUAACGAGAUCAUGCUCCUGUCAGGGACCCGAUCAUGAUGUGACAGAAAGGAAAACUUCUUUCCUGAAUAGCUAUCCAGUGAUCGACUCCGCACAGCAAGUGCCGUCACUUUGCUCGAUUCGCCUUCCAUCCAGCAGCGGCACUACAACAGACUCUCUCUCACCUCCAAGGCCUCUAUCUCCAGUACUUGGUAGGCCACCAGUUAGUGCAAACCGGAUCUCAGGAUCACGUUCGAUGCAGCUACGACCACGACCCGAAUUAUCUUCUUUUGUCGACAACUCUACCUCAGAUGAUGACUCACCCCAACAGGAUCCAUGGCCUCAACAGGAAGUUUGGCCGGAAGAAGAUGUGAUGAGUCGUUCGUUGCGAACCGGAUGGACGGCUGCCGAGCCAGUAACGCAAGUUCAACGGCCGCAAUCCUCCCGUACCGGAUUUGGAGAUGCCCGGCAUGUGAGAGUUUCCGGAAGCAGGUCUAUGCAUAAUCAAAUCCAAUAUGCUCCGUCUCAGCUCGAGAGCUCUACCCGUCCUCGCCUAGACGAGGCUGAAAGGCGAGACUUGAUUACUCGAAGAGCAUGGAUCGAUCGAGGGAGCACAGUUCAACUGCAAGAUAGCGCCGCUGCCGAAAGGAAAACACCUCAGGUGGCGGAGACGUCGUCAGGGUUAAACAUCGGAACACGAUGUGAAAGCCAAUCGGAUUAUCGCAGUGAUUCCGAGCCGGCAGAUUACAUGAAGCGAUCGUAUACAACUGAGGAACUUAAACGUGAAAGGCGACGACUGCCGAAAAGGCCUGACGUGCAGCCAUUCCUCAGUGAGCUACCUUCAUCGUUACCCCUUCAUGGCCAAACCGUGGACGACCUCGGGGAGCCACGACAGCAAAGUGAUUUUUCCGUAAGAGAAGGCGAUGUACACUAUUACUGCCCAGCAGCAUCACCAGCAGAACGUCGACCUUCCAAGAUUCGUGCAGAUUCCAACUCUCUUAUACUUCCAACUAUCCAGCCUGAAGGCACCUAA